AUGGCUUACGGUCUGGGUAUUCCCAAGUUCAGGCUUAACAGCCCAUACUGGCAGAACUUCAUUGGCGGCAUCCUCAUCGGCCUGACCGGAGGACUGUAUGCUGCUCUCAACCUCUUGGGUGCGGGAGGUGGCAAACCGAACUCGUUCCAAGUCGUCCAGAUCGCCAAUGCCACUCUCUGCGCCGUCUACGCUGUCUCAGCCUGGUUUGGAGGGACUAUAUUGAAUACCAUUGGACCUGCUUUGACCGCUUUCUUUGGUGUCAUCGGAUACAUCCUCUACGUCGGAAGCUUGUGGUACUUUGACCAGCAUGGAAAAGAGACUUUCCCGAUUAUCGCAGCCGUCUGCAUUGGUAUCUCUGCCGGUCUCAUCUACGUGACCUCCGGAUACCUCUCCAUGUCCUACUCUGAGGAGAACGAGCGUGGAAAGUUCGUGGCAACAUCUAUCAACCUUCAGGCUACUGGCGCUGCCAUCGGUGGACUGAUUCCUCUGAUCAUCAAUCACGACAAGGCCACCAGCGCCGGCGUACCCCCAGCGGUCUACAUCGUAUUCAUCGUGAUGGAUUUCGUCGGUUGUGCGUUAGCAUUCCUGCUGCGACCUCCGGAGAAGGUGGUGCGGGAGGACGGCACAAACAUCGCCGUAGUCAAGGCCCGUCCGUUCUGGGAAGAGUUCAAGGGUAAUCUGGAAGCCUUCAAAGAUUGGAGAAUGCUCGUUAUGAUUCCUGCUUUUGCCGUCAGCGAAUGCUUCCUCGUCUACGGCGGUAGUGCCAACGCCUUCCGCAACAGCCUUCGAGCCCGAAGUCUGCUGGGAUUUUGCUCCGUGACGCUGCAAAUCAUCUGUGGGUGGGCUUUGACGUUGCUGCUUGAUAACGAAAAACUCCGUCGCCGAACCCGAGCCCAGAUCGGUCUCGCCAUCACUGGCAUCCCGGUGAUGGGGGCGUACAUCUGGGAGAUGGUCCGCACCCGCAAUUACGACAGGCACAACCCUCCCUCGCCUCCGUUGGACUGGAACGAUCCCGACUUUGGUGCCAUCUUCGUGCUGUUUAUGUUGAACUGGGUCUCGUGUUCGCUAUUCCAAUACAUGAUUCUGUACUUCUUGGGUUGCUUCACGAACAAUCCUCGCGUGGCUGCCAACAAUGCUGGUGUGUUCCGAGGAUUCAUGGCCGCGGGUGAAGCCAUCGACUUCGGCGUGGACAGCAUGGGCGUGCCGUUCCUGAAAGAAUCCGGGGCCCUCUUCGCCUUCUACACGGCCGGCGUCAUCGCCAUGGGCUACCUGGCGCUCUUCCACAUCGACGAGACCAAGUACUUCACCGAGGAGGAGGUGACGAUCCCCAAGCACGUGCGGGAAGAGCACGACCACACCAUCGUGAUCGAGGGCGUGUCCAAAGGCACGUCUGAGACGGACGAGGAGGCCGCAGCUGCCAUCAAGGGACCCACCGGCGUCGCCGAGGAGAUCAAGGCGUGA